UCUGUCUGUCUGUCUCUGUCUGUCUGUCUAUACCUCGGUCUGUCUGUCUGUCUGUCUGUCUGUCUGUCUGUCUGUCUGUCUGUCUGUCGGACAGCACUAGGGAAGGGCGCUCGCUGUUACGUAGAACACGUAACAAACUACGUAGCCGUCCCUGGAGUUAGCUGCUAGUUAGCCGCUGUUAGCUGCUGAUAGCUGCCCACUCUCUCUCUAUAUAAUAUGGUUUAGGGACAGAUCCGAGUGUUGGAAUGCAGCCGCCUCUGCCCCCCUCCGCGGCCCGGGGGCUCGUGCGCUCCUGCCUCCACCGGGACCCGAUGGCGGCAGACCUGCGCUGCAGCCUCUUCGUGGCGGCGGCACAGAGCUACAAGAGGGACUCCCUGCUGAGGCCCUUCCCCGCCAGAUACCUCAGAGGAGAGAACAAGGAGUUUGAGGAGCUGCUGACAGACGUGAGCGGCUUUCCCUGUGUGAGGGAGCUGGUGAGACUGAACCCCGGGGAAGGAGACCAGUAUGUGGCCCUGGCACACUGGAUCCUCUCCUCCAAGAGCUUUGCUGUGAAGACCCUUCAGAAGGAAGAGUACCCCAGGCUGUGUGACCUGACUAAGAACGAGGGCGUCUCAGCGCCGGUUCCAGACUUCCUGUUUGAGCUGGAGUACUGCGACCAGAUGAACGCGCGCUUCGAGAAGACACGCUCGGACAGAGACCUCUUCUAUGCAUUCCACGGGAGCCGGCUGGAGAACUUCCACUCUAUCCUUCAUAACGGCCUCCACUGUCACCUCAACAAGACCUCCAUGUACGGGGAGGGGACCUACCUGACCAGUGACCUCAGCAUGGCAGUGCUGUACAGCCCCCACAGCAGUGGCUGGAGGGAGAGCCUCCUAGGGCCGCUGCUGAGCUGCGUGGCCCUGUGUGAGGUCAUCGACCACCCGGACGUCAAGUGCCAGGUGAAAAGGAAAGACUCUGACUCUGUCGACCGCCAGCGGGCGAGAGCGAAGAACAGCGAGGGCGGGGAGGUCCCGGAGAAAUACUUUAUCGUCACCAAUAAUCAGCUGUUGAGAGUCAAGUACCUUCUGGUUUACUCCCAGAGGAAGAACCUGUCCAGCAGGCACUCGCGCGGCUCCUCCUGGAUGGUCAGGCACCACUUUGCGGUCAUGAUGAGUCUGUACCUGCUGCUGCUCAUCUGCAUCGGGGCCUUCAACUCCUCCAGCUUCUCCUCCUUCGUCCACAGACUGUUCCGCUGAUGAGCCGGCCCCUGGGUAGUACUCUGCGUGCCUUCCGGCUUACAGACAAUCUUCACAUGAUCUACAUUUUGUAUUUUAUAUAUAUAUAUAUAUAUAUGUAUAUAUAUAUACAUAUAUAUAUAUAUUUCUCUCUCAGAAAGAUCACUGAUCAUUUAACCUUGAUGCUCAUUUUUGAACAAGAAGUUAUCAUGACAGCUGUUACGUUAUGAUUACUCGAUAUCCUCUUAAAAAUACUUAAAAGAAACAAUGGUCUAUCUACUUUAUCUUUUUUACUGCUAAGCAAAGAAACCUCCUGUAUCAUAUACCUGGUCGGUUGGUCCUGUCAACUUUUUUUCUGCCCCGACUGCACGCCUGCGAUGCCAAACUCACAGAAUGCGCAACGUAAUCUUGUGUUGUUUUAAAGACCUGACUGGAGAUUUUCAUCACAAGUAAUAUUUCUGUUUGUUGUUGAAUGACUUUUGAGGGGAUAUGAGUUGAUGUAUGCUCUCAUCCAUCACUAUUACUGCAUCUUGUUUACCAGGGGCAAUGGAAUCAUCAACCACCAUUCUGGUUGUUUCUUUAAUUUAGGAAACACAGUCAACAGAAUCUACAAAUGAAUAUCAUCAUUUUCUGAAUCCAGCUACAUUAAUUUCCAUGUUAGUGCAUUGAUUUCACCCUACUUAUACCACACCUGGUAUUGCAUUAUUCUUGAUCUACGUGACCUUGUGCUCCACGCUCACCGUGUCCGGGACUCGCAGUGGAAACACUGAGGAUUAGCCUCCUGCCAAGGUCUUAAGUCGCUUCGCCUCAUCGACCAACGUCUUUCUGAAGGCCCCGUCCUCACAAACCCCAGGGACCACUGUGGGCUGGCCGUGUCCCUCACUCUGCCCGCUCCACCCCGGGAGAGGAGGAGCACCUGAAGGUGUUCCUCUGGUUUACUGCCCCUGGGCACGGCUGGUCUUCGGGUCCAUUAUCCCGUUAUCAGGGUAGAGGUGGUGAUACGGGCUGAUAACAGCGGCUGCUUUGGUGAAGUCGUCUUUGGUUCCAGGGGUUGGGUUACUAUACAGCGUUGUGUAUCAGCGGUUAGAGCGGCAUAUUGUUUUUGUUUUUCACUUGUUUUUAAAGCGCCGCUGUAUUUCAGAAUUAAAUGCAAUGCAUUUACUUUAUCAUGCUUUUUGAACAUGGUGGAAUACUGUUGGAAUAUUGUUUUACAAUAUUUAUGCAAAUAAUAAAUCAAUAAUAAAAUGGACACUAUAAUAUAUAUAUAGGGCACUAUGAUAUGUUAUGCAGACCACACACUUAAUUAAGAUAACCCCUUGUAAUAGUUAAAUAGGUUCGGGUUAGGGUUAAAUACACGAGGUUGAUAGGGCUGAUUUUGCUUUGCUUUGGAUAAAAGCGCACGCUUUUAUCCAAAGCGACACAUCUGUCAGAAGGUGAAACAAUAUAUCGCUGUGGGAACAGUACGGAUGUUCAUAUAACCAAGUGCCAAGCACUAACAAUCGAUAGUUUAACCCAUUCCCUGUGUACAGCAAAGAUAGCUAGGAUAAGAUGCUACACAACUAAGUACUAUAAGUACGACAUACAAUAACUGCGUACAUUAAAUACCAAUUCAGACCUAAUAAUUACAGCAUAUUUAUCUUAGUCAUGCAAUUUAAAGUAUUGGGAGCAAGAUCGUGAGACUUACAAUUGAUGGACUGCUUUGUUGUCAUAAAGCUGAAAUUGCCCGCUGUG